AACAAGUUGGUCAAUUUGCACAGUUUUGUCAACGAAAAAAAAGAUCUCACUCAUUGCAGGAGCUUUAUUAUUCAACUUUACAAUAAAUUCUCAACUCCAAUCUCUAAAUUUUCCAUCUUCACUCAUUUUACCUGCUCAUGUGAGCUACCUUAGUCACUGGGCUUUUCGUUUUUGAAAGGGUAAGGGAAUUCUGGUGAAGUAUUGGCUUGCAUAAACAACCAGGCGAUGACUUGUUUUUAUUCCUUUUUCAGAAAGCGGCAAGGCUCGCCACCUCGAAGAACUAGAGAUGUUGAUGAUGAGGUAUCAGGCAUUCAGAAUACUCACUUGUACACAUAUAAAGAAUUGCGGGUAGCAACUGAAAAUUUUAGUCCCGGAAAUAAAAUUGGGCAGGGAGGUUUUGGUUCUGUCUACAAGGGAACGCUCAGGGAUGGCUCUGUAGCUGCCAUAAAGGUGCUGUCAGCUGGCUCAAGUCAAGGGGUGCGGGAAUUUUUGACGGAAAUAGAAUUAAUUACAGAUAUAGAGCAUGAGAACCUGGUUAAGUUGUCUGGUUGUUGUGUAGAAGGAAGUCAUAGAAUUUUGGUUUAUGGGUAUCUUGACAAUAAUAGCCUUGCACAAACACUUCUAGGUGGACGCUGCAGCAGCAUUCAGUUCAGUUGGCCUGUAAGGCGUAAAAUAUGUAUAGGUGUUGCACAGGGGCUUGCAUUUCUUCAUGAAGAAGUCCAGCCACAUAUUGUUCAUAGGGAUAUCAAAGCAAGCAAUAUCCUUCUUGAUAGAAACCUCAUGCCCAAAAUUUCAGAUUUUGGUCUUGCAAAGCUUUUCCCCAACAACGAAACACAUAUUAGUACACGUGUUGCUGGGACUGCAGGUUAUUUGGCACCUGAAUAUGCUCUCCGCGGUCAAUUGACGAGGAAAGCAGAUAUAUACAGUUUUGGCGUUCUACUGCUUGAAAUUGUCUCUGGGAGGAGCAACACAAACAAGAGGUUACCAUCAGAAGAGCAAUAUCUUCUUGAAAGGGUUUGGGAAGUGCAUGAGAAGGGGGAACUGGAAAAGUUAGUUGACACGUCAUUGAAUGAUGAUUACGACGCAGAAGAGGCUUGCAGAUACAUGAAGAUUGGUCUUCUGUGCACCCAAGUCAUGCCAAAGCUCCGGCCAAGCAUGUCUACGGUGGUCAAGAUGCUAACAGGCGAGGAAGAUGUGAGCAACGAGAACAUAACAAAACCGGGGUUGCUUUCCGAGUUGUUGGGUAUUAGAGAAGGCAAAACUCAGAAAAGCAAGGCUAGCACAAAGAACUCAGCAUCCACAGGAUCUGCUAGUACUAGCAAGAUGGAUAAUGAUUCUUCACUGUCACCAUCAGUGACUACCUCACAUGCUACCAUGACCUUCAAUUCAAUGUUCGACAGAAGCAAUUAGCUACUAAUAUGCUUAAACAUUUAUUAAUCCUCUCUUUAGUUAAGUGUACUUCUAUUUCUUUUACCUAUUAGUGUGGAUUUUAGAAAUUUCAGUGUGAGCCGUAUAUAAUAGUAGUGACUUAAAUUAUAAAGUGUAUAAAUUUUUGACUAUGUAAUGUUAAAUUAAUAAAUAAUUCUUUUCCAA